UAUAGGGCACAGCUCUGGUGAGACACACCGAACUUGAAUGAUAAGGAACUGUGUAGCUGUCUUCCAACAAUGUUAUAACCGUUCUUUUUUAUACAGUCUAUAACAAAGUAACGUAUUAUCUCUCAUUUUGUAUUUGUGAUAGAUCGAGGCAAACUAUUGGCUACUUAUAAACACUCAAACUUCGGUAUUUGUACCCUAGUGAUUCGCGGACCGGAUAACUAUCGGUUACUGUGCGGGACAGUGGCGAUUCAGAGAGGAACCAAGAUAUCAAUGAGAGUCAUCACAACUGCAGUGGAGGCCAUGCUCGCCAACUCUAACUCAUGAAGACAAUGAUCCUGUCUGCAAUGCUAACAUUCCUGGUGCAUAUCCUCAUCAUCUACCAUGGUGUUGUGUCUGUGGAGCCUAUGCAAGAAUCCCGCCAUGGAGACAUUCUAGAACUCCCCUGGCAGACAGAGCUCUGCUGUGCCUCACCCCCAGCCCAGCUUCAUCAUGGGGGAGAGGGAGAGGACGAGGGGUUUGUGGGGUCCAGGAGGGCACCAUCUGAUCCGGGACAUCCACACACACCCCAGUGCCUCUUUAGGAACUCCACAAGCACACUAAUACCUCCCCAGGAGACACAUCCCAGUGGAGCCACCUGUUGGGACAUCCUGUGUCGUGUCGAUGAGACCUGGGAAAAUGUCAUAUGUGAUCUAAAGCACCGCGCCACUUCUUCAGACACCUCCACUCCUGGGUUGGUGACAAUUUGCUUGCAGCGCUUGGUAUCACAGCCUGACAGAGAGGUAAACACCACGCAUGGGACUGACAGCAUGGACUGUGUGGGAAAGGAUUCCAUCACCUGUUCUAUCGUCAUCCUCGCGGUCAGCAGUAUCGUUGUUGUAACAGCCAACGUGUCAAACACCACAGCAGGUCCCCUGAUAGUUCUCAUCGUCCCUCCGCGUCUCGGUAAACCAAGCCCACCAGUGAACCUAACACACACCCAGAACGCAGAGGGAGAGCUAGUUCUGAGCUGGAGCAACCCACAGCCCCAUGCCAGCCCUGUCCCACUGAGCUAUGAGGUCCGAUACAUUACCUCCUACAACACCUCUAACCCCAACUGGAAGCAUGUGAAGGUGACUGGAGACCAGUGGGUGUCUCUGACUGGAUUGAGGGCAGGUCUGCACUACAUUGUACAGAUCCACUCUCACCACUCUGCUCUGCCCCACCUGUGGAGUGACUGGAGCCAGCCACACCACAUCUACCUGGAAGAUGUGACAUAUCUCCCUGAGAGAGUGGCGGCCAGCCUUGGAGACAGUGUGACUGUGCACUGCGUGUUCAACGACCGCAGGGUGAACGCCAGCACGGCAGUCUGGUUUCUGAACCUUGACCGCCUUCCACAGAGCCAGUACACUGCUGUCAACGACCGUGUCAGUAAGAUAACGGUUCAACCUUCUGAGCAGAAACUGUAUGACAUCCUGCGUUGCUGCCAGCCUUCAGGGGAGAAGUAUAGCUGUAACUACCGUUACGCAACGAUAUACAUUAAAGAUCCGAUCAUAGAUAUCAGCUGUGUAACCAAUGGGGAUCUGGACAGCAUGACCUGUAGGUGGAAGAACAUCCAAACUAAAAUCAACUUCCUGUCCAGGGUGGCCGACCUAUCCUGCGAUGUCAUGGAGGAGGCGGAGGCAGAGGAGGAGGUGGGCGGGGCUGUGGGUGUGGUCAGGCAGGCGGUGUGUGUAUCCAGCAGAUCUAGAGAAGUGAAGAGCUGCACUCUGCAGCCAAUCAGAGUGACUUCAUGCUACAAGCUAUGGAUGGAGGCCAAGACAGACAAUGGCACGAGGUCACAUCCUGUCUACAUCACACCUAUGGACCACGUGAAGCCCCACCCUCCCUCGGGCCUUGAGGCAGUGAGCAUGCCAAAUGGGGUCCUGAGGCUGGCGUGGGUGCCCCCAGAACUGCCCCUCUACGAUAUGCAGUACCAGGUUCGCUAUGCCCUCUCCACUGGCAAGGCCCAUCCAUUCUGGCAGGUCCUGGCUUCUCAGGCAGAGUUGUGGGCUGAGGUCCCUGAACCAGAUGUAUGUAGGGUGUACAACGUGCAGGUCCGCUGUAUGCAUAUCAACAGGUCUGGGACCUGGAGUGACUGGAGCCACACUCUAUACACCACCCCUCACAACAGCAGAGCUCCUGACCAGGGUCCUGAUUUCUGGCGAGUGUUUCAGGAGGAUCCAGCAAGGAACCAGACUAACGUCACUCUUCUCUUCAAGCAUUUCCCCAUAGUGGAGCCAACCUACUGUGUGGAGGGCCUUGUAGUACAGCACCAGGCCUCUGGGGGCAUUGUGACUGAGGAGCGGAUAGGCCUGGUGUCCUCCUACCGCUUUGAGUGGCGAGAGGAGGUCCACUCUGUGACGGUCAAGGCUCAGAACAGCCAGGGAUACUCCACUAGGAAUAUCAACAUGACCCUGGAGAGACACCCAAAACGCCAGUGUGUGCGUUCGUUCUGUGUGUCCCGUGUGAACAGUAGUUGUGUGGUCCUGUCGUGGUCGCUGCAGUCCAACAGCAGUGUACCGUGUUCCCUGGUCGUAGAGUGGUCGGGUGAGAACCACCAGAACAGACAGGGUCAGACCACAGUGGGCAGGGAGAGGUGGACCAGGGUCCCCCCUACUGACCACGUCUUCUACCUACAUGGUGAUUUCUAUGGCUCUGAGGAGUAUGUGUUCAUCUUGUAUCCAGUGUUUACAGAUGGAGAAGGAGAGCCAGUAUAUACUAAAGCCUUUAGGGGGGCCAACGCUGGGCCUGCUGCCUACAUGCUGAUGAUGAUCAUCGCUUUCCUUGCCAUUGUCCUCUUCGUCACCGUGGUCAUAUCCCAAAACCACAUGAAGAAGUUCAUGUGGAAGGAUGUUCCCAACCCAAGCAACUGUUCCUGGGCCCAGGGGGUGGACUUCAGGAAGGCUGAGACUAUGGAGCAGUUGUUCCGCCAACCAGAGGGCCUGCCUGCCUGGCCACCACUGCUCAUCUCAGAGACUAUCUCCCAGGCCACCAUCGUAGAGAAGACUUGUCACCCAGACCCAGACAGCAUCCUGAUCCCAGCCUCCACCCCAUCCCUCUUGGACUUAGAGGUGCCUGAGCUCCCAGAGGAGGAGGAGACCCCCCAGCCCCCAGAUCUCCCCAGGAGUGUGGAGAGCUCGUCCCAGUCGACAGUGACCUAUGCUAUGGUCCUGCUCUCAGACGACCCCUGCCGGCGCUACAAGCAGAACGGCAGCCUCAGCCGCUCCAGCGACGAGGGCAACUUCUCCGCCAACAACUCUGACAUUUCCGGCUCCUUCCCCGGAGGCCUGUGGGAGCUGGAGAAUUCCCAUUCCCGAGCCGGAGAGUUGGACCUGGACCCACAGUGUUCAUGCUCUUACAAUUAUGUGGAGGAGUUUUCUGAGACGUCGGAACAGGAGGAGGAGGCCCUGGGAGGAGAGAGGGAUGGGGGGAUAGAGGAGAAGGACCUGUAUUACCUGGGAAUGGGCUACCAGGAGGAGGAGGAGGAGGAGGAGGAGGAGGAGGAGGAGAGGGAGGAAAACACAGAGGCUAUGCUGCUCAAAGAGGCGGUGGUUCUGCGGAGAGAGGGCUCAUCCAUUGAGUCCAACCCUCUACUUGGGUGUCGGGACUCUAUGUUUAGUGAGUCCAGUGACAGGGCGGCGGUGGUAGGGAUAGGGAUGAUUUCUGUCCCCCUCUACCUUCCCCAGUUCAGAACUGCUCCCUCCAGGCCACUCAAAGCACAGGGCAGCACCCCCAAGCUGUAAGACCUGGUAGUGCCUAAUGCGUUGUUUUACUUUAAUGCUGCUGUUUAGUCCCUCCAGAGGGACAGCACUUCAGUGUCCGAGGGGGCUAGGCUAACUAGGUGCUAAGCCUCACUCCACAUCAUAAGGAAUAGGGUGCCAUUUCAUAAGCAUGCUCCCUCCCUGUCUACAGUGGCACACUGCUAGUCUGCACCUUCAGUCCAUAGGAAGGCCAGCUCUAUCAUGUAUCAGAGCUGAGGAGAGGAGACUCCUUUAUCCAGUGCUGCACACUUUCAGGAACUAUUAUGCUGUGAUGAAGGGAACGUCAUUAAAAAAGAAGAGAAAGGGAAAAAAAAGGCCUAUUUUCUGAAUAGGUCUAUUUCCUUUCCGAUGGCUGCUGUGAGCGCAACACAACAAGCACGUGAUAGGAUCUUGUCUCAAAGCAGUACUGAAUAGUUUGACUGGUGGCGCACAAAUGAUGAUCAUGAUGAUGCUGGUGAAUUUGGAUGCUUUUGGAACAUUUACCGUAACUGUUGUGGAGAAUUGCCAUUCAGAUCGGCACUUGCGCUGACUGAGCCCUCAAAAAAAUGAAUGUCGCUUUUCUUUGUUUGUUUGCGCUGUAUUUGAAACUGUGUUACGAAAUGUAAAAAAAAAAAUGUGCCAUCUAUUUUCAUUGCGUGCCAUUUGCUAUUGAAAAAGCUAUUGCUCGGUAUACAUUUGAUGGAAGAAUGUACAUUUUGAAACCAAUGAAUAAAAUGAAGACUAUCCCUUGCUGUUGAAGGCAGAAUGAUAUUUAACGUGAGUCGCGGUCCCUCGUCUAUUUUCCGUGGUCAAAAGUAAAUAUGUUUGGCCGCGACUGUCGACUUAUUGAUAACGGGUGAACAAGUUGAAGGUUUGUCCUCGCUGAGAAAUAUAAAAUACAAAAGCAUUUUCUCUUCCACCGUCAUCCCUUCACCCCUAAAUGUCACAUUAUUUCCUACACCGCGCACUAGUUUUGUCGUUCAAUAUGUCGGGAAUAGGGUGCCAUUUGGGAUGCAUAAUGUGCUCCCUUUUCCCGGAGUCUGCCAGGCCCAGAGGGUUGUGAGGACACUAAUUCUCUGUUGACACCUUCGCACCUUAUUAUUUCUAUCAUUCCCUCACCACCUUUUUAUAACUGGGGAAGCGGCCAUGUUGUCGCCAUAUUGUUAUUGGGUUCUACUAGCUCGGGCUCUUGUUUGAGGGAUGAUGGAAACAUUUCAGAUUACUAUCUCAAUAACACUUGCCUUGGAUCAGGUAUUCCCAAGGUACUCGCAAUGCCGUCGGGGGUACGCCAAAUUAAAAUGUGAUUCACAUGCAGACAUUUAGAAACGAAACAUGACCAUUUGAAAAAUAAGCCACAGGAGUUUUUGGAUCGAGAAUAAAGACGACUUUCGAGUAGUAAGACGUGUAUAAAAGCAACAGAUACCAUUAAUAAGAAGGGGUUAGAAGCGUCUUAUAUGGUGAGCUACCGAGUGGCUAGGACAGGCAAGUCCCAUAUUAUUGUGGUGGACUUAAUUCUUCCUGCUGCUACGGAUAUGGCUGGGGGAAAAGGCCCCCCCCCCCCCAAAAUAUACAGACAAUGUCUUCAUCAAACAACACUGUUUUACGACGCAUCAGUGACAUGGCAGGGGAUGUUUUUAAAUAAUUACUGUUUCGCAUACAAGCCAGUGAAUGAUAUGCCUUACAGCUGGAUGAGUCAACAGACGUGGCGGGCCUGGCACAGCUCCUGGUAUAUGUCCAUUACCUUUUAUGGGGGUCAAUUAAGGAAGACAUCCUCUUCUGCAAACCACUGAAAACCAGGACAACAUGAGAGGAUAUUGUUAAAGUACUGGGCAGCUUUGUGACAUCAAAUGGACUUUGGUGGUCAAGAUGUUUUGGUAUCUGUACUGUUGGCGCAAAAGCCAUGACAGGGAGACAUAGUGGAGUGGUAAUGCGUGUGCAAACAGUUGCUCCCAACGCCACUUGGGUACACUGCAGCAUCCACGGAGAGGCUCUUGCCAAGGGAAUGCCUGACAACUUGAAAGAUGUUUUGGACACUACAGUGAAAAUGGUUAACUUUGUUAAAGCAAGGCCCAAGCAAGGCACCUGAACUCUCAUGUAUUUUCUGCAUUAUGCAAUGAUACGGGCAGCGACCAUGACCAACGCUUUUACAACAUAGGCUGGUUAUCAAGGGGCAAAGUAUUGACAUUUUUUUUUUUUUAAUUGAGAGACGAUCCUAAAGUUUUAUUUAUGGACCAUAAUAUUCACUUGUCUGACUGCUUGCAUGGUGACGAGUUUCUCACACGACUGGCCCAUCUGGGUGAUGUGACACUGAUGCCUUUUGCAACCACUGUACCGAUGUGAGAGUGGAUUCUCGGUCCUCACUAGCAUGAAAAUGAUGUAAGACUGAGACUCUCUCCAAUACAACCCUACAUUGCAGAGUUAUGUGCACCCUUUCAAGCACACUUCUCAUUAACCUGUGGUGAGUUAUUCCAAGUUUUGAUUAACAAAUAAGGUUUUAUAUGUAAGAUGGCUAAAUAAAGGGCAAAAUGAUUGAUUAUUAUUAUUAUUAUUAUUUGUGCCCUGGUCCUAAAAGAGCUCUUUGUCACUUCCCACGAGUCGGAUUGUGACGACAACUCACACUCAUUCUUAUGUUUAAUAAAUGUAUGGCAAAAAAAACAACAUUUGAGAGUGCACUGACCCUGGUGUUCGAGGGGGUACGCAGCUGGAGGUUGAAUGUUUGAAGGGGUACAGGACUAUAAAAAGUUUGGGAACCACUACCUUAGAUAAAGGAUAAAUAAAACAUAAAACUGUGGUUUUAGAA